CCGCAUUUUGCCAAGUCUUUGUUGAUUAGGCACCUAAGAUCUCCGAAGAAGAUGUCCUCGCCUGAAGGCCGUUCAGCUCCCUUUACAAGGCGAGUUCUAGAGUCUGGGUCGCAGGCUGCCAGUCCUUCACGCAGCUUUAAGGAAAUGCUUGCAGAUUUGCUUCCGGCAUCCGAACGAACCCCAUCUGGAAAUUUGAGUGCUCCUGCUGAAAGGGUUUCGGAAUGGCUUGAUCGGGAGUUGAACCUUCACCGACUCACUGAUUUAUUCGACUCAUUGUGGUUCGCGGGAAGGCCUAUGCCGCCACACCCGCUCCAUCUCCAACGAUUCUUUGGCCGCGAAAUUGUGGUCACUGAGCACAUGGAUUUACACCUUGUGUGGGGUGGAGGUCGCACCUUCAUGAAGCCGCUACCGCGCUAUCUUCUUGAGCCUCAGUUUUGGGAAGAGUAUCUGCCUCACUCACACCCACAUAAGACGCCUAUCAAUGGGUAUCCGACUGCUUGUAGCGACACUCGUCGACGCGCUCUUGGCUUUCUCCACUCGUACGUGGCUCUUGUAGCACACGAGAGCGACUUUCAUAUCGCCAAGGCUAGUAACCUUCUUCCGCAGGAGUUACAAUGGCAGCCAUGGAAGAUGCUUGUUCAAGAGCUGCUGAACAGAGGAAAUGUCUAUCAGUGUGUCGACAAGCGCUUCUAUUACGGAGAGCUUCGUCUCAGCCGGUUCAACAAGAUCUACUUAUUCCGAAAGACCCCUCUGCGUGGCUAUAUGCCCCGAUGGAACCAGUAUGGUGCUUUUCUGAGCGACCAUUUACCCAUCUUAGCAAGCUCCACCGUCUACAUUGCUAUAGUCCUGACGGCUAUGCAAGUUGGCUUCGCGACGGAUCUCCAGGAUAACGCGACAUUCCAAAAGGCUUCUUACCACUUCACUGUCUUCUCUAUCAUCGGCCCCCUAGCUGCUGCAAGCCUGCUUAUCAUCACAUUUGUGUAUUUUUUUGCCUGGAACUGGGCCAUCACCAAGCGCGAUGGGAGGAAGAGACUAGAAGAUAUCUCCUCAAGCUGUGAAAUUUAUCCGCCUCCCAUUCAGCCCAGUAAUCAAAAUCAGCAAAUACUACUGUCAAGAUCUUCAAACUAA